AUUGUCACGGGCGUGGUGUCUACUGCGGUUGCGCCGAGCAAGUUUUGGCUUUGGUUGAAUUUUUUGUGUUAAGUGUAAUGUGAACAGUAACGGAAUAUUUUUGUCCGCUGAAAUAAUUUUUAACUAAUUAAUUUCAUUAUAAUAUAAAAAUAAUUGUUUAUGAAUAAAAUAAUUUUGUAUCUUGUCCAAAAUAUAACAAAGCUAGGCGUUUCCAUGGGCGUUAACUUCAAGUUAGGCCUGUGAAUUUAAAAGACUGAGCUAUGAAUCUCAAAGUGAUAUCAAUAUUAUUAUUUAUAAUAACAAAUGCAACAUGGGCUCAAGACUAUUCAUCUCAAACAUACAAACCUGACUACCAAGUGAACCCAACAAACAAUUAUCUCAACACCAACGAUCCAAAAUAUGACAAUCCGUAUGAUCCUAACAGAAGAUUCUCAAAUCGUAAUCAAUACGAUAUAAAUCGUAAUCCGUACAGUACCGAGCAAAGAUACAAUCAGUACGACCGUAAUGACCUAGGGACCAAUCAGAAUCCAUAUAAGACAGAUACUGGAAGACAGACUUACGACACCAGUAGAACAUACAGUACUUCAUACACGGGAGCGGAGUUGGAACAUGAUAGUGUUAUUAUAAAUGAAGCCACCUAUUUCAUUGUUGCAUCUCGAAUGAUCCGGCCGGGGCAAAUAUAUAAGAUCUCAGCUAACAUUCUGAAAGCUCGUCUCCAGAUGACGAUCAGAGCAUCCAUCUCAUGUAACGGUGUGGAAAUAGCUGAUGUUAUAGAGAGAGUGAAGGAAGGUGUUCCUGAGGUUUUGAAUAUGAGGGUGCCCGCUACAACGGUGCCGGGAGACUACAGGCUGCGCGUGGAAGGUCUCUACCUGGACGAUCCAUUUGGAGGGAGAGCUUUCGUUAACGAAACAAAAUUGACUUUCUCACAGAGAUUCAUGACCAUCUUCAUACAGAUGGACAAGCCGGUGUACAUGCAGUCGCAGACUGUUAAGUUCCGUGUGAUUCCAAUCAACACGGAGUUGAAGGCGUUCGGCCGAGCCAUCGACGUCUUCAUACUGGAUCCCAACAAGCGUAUCAUGAAGAGGUGGCUCUCCAGACAGAGUAACUUUGGUACGGUGAGCCUGCAGUAUCCCCUGUCGGACCAGCCUGUGUUCGGUGACUGGACGGUGAGGGUGGAGGCGCUGGGGCAGAGAGAGGAGGCCAGCUUCCUCGUGGAGGAGUACUAUCAGACCAGGUUUGAGGUGAACGUGACUAUGCCGGCCUUCUUCUUCAACACGGACGGGUUCAUCCACGGUCGCGUGAUGGCCAACUACACGUCGGGCGCUCCUGUGCGGGGCAACCUCACCCUGCGCGCCACCCUGCGGCCGGUGCCGUCGUACAGGCCGAGACAGCAACACAGAUACAACACACAACGUCCGAACUACAAUCCCUACUUAUACAACGAGACGGAGCAGUACGACCAGGGACAGGAGGAUAGACGCUGGCAGCUCAACCACCGACCCGGGCAGCCCAACCAGCUCGACCAUCCCGACUGGUGGUAUGACACGCAGAAGGUCGUCUCCAGGGUGUUUAACUUUGAUGAGGAGUUCCCGUUCUGGAUGCCGAAACCAGACCCUGUUGAGAUCGCACAAAUUAAUAUGAACAUCAACAACAACAACAACAACAUGAACAACAUGAACAACUACCCAACAACUACAUCAUAUAAUAAUUAUUACAACAAUCCCUACAACGACAAGCUGCCUUAUUUAAGAUUUUUCAACGGCACGUACGACUUCAAGUACCCGAUGUCGGAGCUGGCGCAGCUGGUGCCGUCGUUGGAGGGCGUGGAGGUGAUCGUGACGGCGACCGUGGGCGACCCGUUCCUGGACGAGGUGGUGGAGGGCUACAGCGUCGCCCGCAUCUUCAACUCCUCGCUGGCCGUCACCUUCCUCGGCGGGGAGCUGCAAGUCUUCAAGCCGCAUAUGCCUUUUGAUGUUUAUAUGGCGGUGUCUUUCCACGACGGGUCUCGUCUCCCGUGGUGGCUGGCUCGGGGCGCGGUUCUGUCCGUGUCGGCGUCGCUGGAGGGCCGCGGCGGUGCCAUCGAAGUGCCGCGGCCGUCGCUGGUGCCGGGGGACACCGCCGUGUGGCAUCUCAAACUAGACCUUUAUAAGCUCCUCAAACUGGACAACGACCCCAACUACCGCGAGGUGUUGAACGGCAUCACCGGAGUCCGUCUGUCGGCGUCGCUGGUGGACGCUUCGGGAGGCCGAGCCACCGCUGACGCACACUUCGUCGCCCACCAGAGCCCUAACCAUCACCACCUCCGAGUGUCCACAUCAACUACAGACGCCAGGGUGGGCGAGUACAUCGUCUUCCACGUGCAAAGUAACUUCUACAUGGAGUCGUUCAACUACGUCGUCAUGUCCAAGGGAAUCAUUCUGACGAGUGGACAAGAAAUGAUGCAGGAGGGUGUGCGUACAUUUUCGGUGGGCGUGAGCGCUGAGAUGGCUCCCGUGGGCACGCUGGUCGUGUGGGCGCAUCGCAGACGAGCGCUCGUUCUGGCCGACUCCAUCACAUUCCCCGUUAAUGGCAUUUCCACUAACAACUUCACGGUGCACAUCAACAACCGUAAGCACCGUACAGGCGAGCGCGUGGAGGUGGCCAUCUACGGUGAGCCGGGGGCGUACGUCGGCCUGUCCGGCAUCGACCACGCCUUCUACACCAUGCAGGCCGGCAACGAACUCACCUACGCUAAGGUGUUAUCGAAGAUGUCUCAUUUCGACGAGUCCACUAACGGCACGUUCUCGUACACGUGGCGCUCGCACUUCGGUGACGCGGACGAGCUGGUGUACUUCCCCUCCGCCAGCUUCGGCAUCGACGCCAACAGGACAUUCGAAUACGUGGGUCUGAUAGUGCUGAGCGACGUGCCGGUGUGGCGGCGGCCGUCCCCCUGCAACUCGUCCUUGGGUCUCGGCGAGUGUCUGGACGGCUCCUGCUACCCUCUCGCCAAGCGGUGUGACGGCAGCCCGGACUGCGCCGACCGCACCGACGAGGCUAACUGUCAGCGCGAGGACUCAUUCGAGCUGUCCCACUUCCGCAAGUUCCGGUUUAACCGCAUCCAGCGCCAGUACGACAACGCGUGGCUGUGGCGGGACGUGAACAUCGGCCCGCACGGCCGGUACGUGUUCACGGCGGACGUGCCCGCCGCGCCCGCGCACUGGACGAUCUCCGCCUUCGCCAUGUCGCCCACCAGCGGCAUCGGCAUGCUGGCCAAGCCGCUACACUACGUGGGUAUCUUGCCGUUCUUCAUGAAGCUGGAGGGUCCCGACAAGUGUCGCCAGGGGGAGCAGCUAGGCCUGCGUGUGGCGGUGUUCAACUAUCAGCCCCAGGACAUCGAGGCGGUGGUCGUGCUGGCCAGUUCACCCGACUACAAGUUCGUGCACGUCGAGGAGAAUGGCAUCGUCCGCUCGUACAACCCCCGCACGUCUUUCGGCGAGCACCAGUUCUUCGUGUACAUCAAGGCGGGCGACGCGGCCGUGGUGCACAUCCCCGUGGUGGCGGCCCGCCUCGGCACCAUCAGGGUGGACGUGCUGGCCUCCACGCUGCAGGGACAGCACCGAGAACACAAAUACAUCACCGUAGAGGCGGACGGUAUACCUCAGUACCGCCACCAGUCGGUGCUGCUGGACCUGUCCAACCGCGCCUACGUGUUCCAGUACAUGCACGUGAACGUGACGGAGACUCCCAUCAUCCCGUACGAGGUGGACCGCUACUACGUGUUCGGCUCCAACAAGGCCAGGAUCUCCGUAGUAGGGGACGUCGUGGGCCCGCUCUUCCCCACCAUGCCCGUCAACGCCACCAGCCUGCUGGACUUACCGAUGGAUUCUGCGGAACAGAACAUGUUCAGUUUCGCGGCCAACAUGUACCUGACGCUGUACAUGCGGCUCAUCAACCAGAGGAACCGCACGCUGGAGAAGGAGGCCUUCUACCACAUGAACAUCCUGUAUCAGAGACAGCUGUCCUUCAUGAAGGCGGACGGAUCCUUUGGACACUUCAGGAGUGACUGGAACCAGUCGUCCUCGAGCGUGUGGUUGACAUCAUUCUGCGCUAAGAUAUUCCAGGAAGCUUCCUUCAAUGAAUGGGAGAACUACAUUUACAUCGAUCCCGAUGUGAUAUCUAUGGCCGUGUCCUGGAUCCUGGAGCGCCAGGCUCCGUGGGGCGCCUUCAUGGAGGUGCAUAGGGCGGCCGACCGGAACGCUAACAGCACCAUCGUCGUGCCGCUCGACUCACACCUGUACCGAGACGUUGGCAGCCAGCUGCAGGGAGUCAAGGCGAACAACUCUAUAAUACUACAGCGGAAUAUAACGCUCACGGCGCAGGUCGUCAUCACCCUGGAGUCUGUCAAGAACCUCAAAGACUUCGGGAUACGAGAGGGUCUGUCAGCUCGCGUGUCGACGGCGCAGCAGCUGGGAGUGUCGUGGUUGGAACGGAACCUGCAGCUCGUCCACGAGUUCGGCUCCCCGCUGACGAUGGCGCUCCUCUCGUACGCGCUCACCGCGGCCAAGGCGCCCUCCGCCGAGCACGCCUUCAGAUUACUCAAGAGGCAUCAGCGAUCCGAGGGUGGUCUGGUGUACUGGGGCAAGGAACCCGUGCCAGCUCCUCCAUACAAAAUGGAAAACCAGAAGCCCUUCCUGCUUCCUCGGCUGCCCUACAACUACGACUCCAACAACAUCGCCGCCACGGCCUACGCUCUGCUCGCCUGCAUGGACCAUCAGGACAACAACGAACCAAUCGUUAUGUGGCUUAAUUCACAACGUCUCAAGGAUGGCGGCUGGGCUUCCACACAGGACACGUACAUAGCCCUCCGCGCGCUGAUCGAGUACACCAACAGGAAGCGGCUGCGUGACGUGAGCUCGCUGGCGGUGAGCGUGGAAGCCGUGGCGCUGAGCGGCGAGCCCAGGACGCUCACCGUCAGGAACCAAGACCUCGCUACGCUACAGACAGUCGAUAUUCCCAGCGCUUGGGGUACAGUGAAGGUGACAGCUCGCGGCGCGGGGUACGCCAUCCUUCAGAUGUCCGUCCAGUACAACGUGGACACGCCGCGGUUCCAGACACAGCCCCCGCGCCCGGCCUUCGCCCUCCUCGCGCGCGCUCACUACUACGGCCGGAAUCAGUCGCACAUACACUACCAGACAUGCGCCAGCUGGACUCACCUGUCGGAGAGUCCGGUGUCGGGGCUGGCGGUGCUGGAGGCAGCUCUGCCGACCGGCUACAUGAUACAACAGCAACGACUUGACGGAUACGUCAUGAGUGGAACAGUUCCCAAACUACAGCGAGCCAGAUACCAGCCCGGGAAGAUUCUGUUCUACUUUGAUUACUUGGAUCACGAGUUGACCUGUGUGAACUUCACCAUCGAGCGCUGGUACCCCGUCGCCAACAUGUCGCGAUACCUCCCCAUACGAGUGUACGACUACUACGCACCCGAACGUUUCAACGAGACGAUAUUCGACGCUCUCCCCACUUACUUAUUGAACAUCUGCGAGGUGUGCGGCUCCUCGCAGUGUCCGUACUGCGCCAUCUACAACGCCGGGGCUCCGCUGACCGCCUCCGCGCUCCUGCUACUGGCGACCGUCGCCGCGAUCAUACGGAACGUACGAACGUAACCUCGAUAUAGUUAGUUACAUGAUAGAUAACACGAGACUUUAAAACAGCCAAAUAAUGAGCGUUACAUAGAACAUGCAAUAGACGACUUGCAGGAUUCUAUUUCUGAAUGAUCGUCCAAAUUUGGAAUGUAAAUUAGUAUUUUUAUAUGUUUGUAUAUCGUUCAACAUAGACGUAAGAAGAAAGUUAACAGACCACCGUCGCGUACACUUUUUAAAUAAUCAAACUAUUAAACAUCGUCUCAACCUGUCUGCUUUGUUUUUUGCUAAACUUACGAUCUGUACAAAAUAAACGUGACUUUUCCUUUUCUCCGUUCCAUCCCAGCGGUGUAUUAUUUUGAGUGUUCAUUUAGUUAAAUAUUUUGUAUAGGAUGUAAUGCCGACCUCUUCAUAUAACUUCAUCGGUAUAUUAAAUAAGUUUGUAACUACCACCUCCUGUGCCCAGGAGGACGAAUGUGUGCUACAUAACAUGUAAUAGUCUUAUAGCCGCUUUAAACUUUACCCUUAUAAUAUACACGAUUAGUACUUUAAGCCAUCACCAAGACAAAUGGGUCACUUCAAAUAUGUUUUAACAGCGUGGCUUUAUUAAUGUAUAAAACAGAAAAUUGUAUCUUCCAUAUGAAAAGAUUACACCAUAAGUUGCAUUUAAUGCAUCCUUGCCUUGUGUUCAAUCUUUGCCGAGGCAUGAUGCAUGUCUGUGUAAAUAAUUUAGACAGUUAGUGUUACUAGAUAAUGAAUUUUCAACGUAGCUUCUGUAAUUUAGCUGGAAUUAACAUUUAAUACUAAUAUGCAAUGUAUGAGUGUUUUAGUCGGAGGGAAUACGUCGAUCAGAAUGCCUUGAAGUCUAAGACAAUAUCAAAAAUUAUUAUUAUUAUAUACACAAUAUACAAAUUAUGAGAAUUUUUAACAAAAAUAUUUAUUAACUGAAUAAAAUUAUAUUAUUGUUCACAUAAUGAUCAGAUGAAAUUAUAAAGAUUAUAUUGAAUAUUCGUCAAUGAUAUGAAUGAAAUUUCUUAUUGCCGUCCAGAUCUAUUUAACGAGUAAGUAAAGAAAAUAUCAAAGGAAUCUCUGUAUAAUUAGUAAGUUAUGUUACUUAAUUAGUUUCCGUCCAAAAUUACCAAUGACUGAGUUUUUUUUUUACUUUUAUAUAUAUUUGUGUGUAAUUUGGUGUAAGUUUAUACACUAACGAUCGUGGUUAGUGUAGCCGAGUGAGCAUUUUUUGACUCUUCAUAGAUUUAUUUCCAAAUAAAAUAUGUACAAAAUA